AAUGGCUGCCUCCGUGUCUUCCUGGGGUAGUUCGACUGCGUUUGAGAGUGUAAGCAUUUCAGACAGUGGUAGAGGAAUGGGAGAGACCGCACCACCAGAUGUUUACAAACGGUACAUUUGCUCCUUCGCGGACUGCAAUGCGACAUACAACAAGAACUGGAAGCUGAAAGUUCACUUGUGCAAGCACACCGGGGAGAAACCUUUUUCAUGUGAACAUGAAGGAUGUGGCAAAAGCUUUACCACAACGUACCAUCUAUCACGUCAUUCACUUACUCACAGUGGAGAAAAAUCUUACAAAUGUGAGUCAGAAGACUGUGACUUGAAAUUUUCUACCAGGUCAAAUAUGAAGAAGCACUUUAAGCGAGCUCACAAAUUUCCUAACCAGAUCUAUGUGUGCCAUUUUGAUGAUUGUGGCCAAAUAUUCAAGAAGCAUAAUCAACUUAAAGUUCAUCAGUUCAUACAUACAAAUCAAAAGCCUUACAAGUGCACCCAUGAAGGAUGCGAGCAAAGCUUUUCUGUACCGUCUAAACUUAAACGCCAUGAAAAAGUCCAUGCAGGGUACCCAUGCAGAAAAGACAAUUUAUGUUCCUUUGUGGGCAAGACAUGGAGCGAAUAUGUAAAACAUGUUGCAGAGUCUCAUCAAGGUGAGUUUCAUAUGGCAAUGGCUAACCCGGCCAUCUGUGAUGUGUGCAAUAAAAAUUUGAAACAUAAAUCCUACCUUAAAGAACAUAAAAAGCGCCAUGAAAAGGAGAACUGUAUAUUUGCUUGUCCCAAAGAAGGUUGUGACAGGACAUACACUACAAUGUUUAAUCUCCAAAAUCACAUUAUGUCGUUCCAUGAGGAACAGCGACCUUUUGCUUGUGAUCACACAGGCUGUGGAAAGUCCUUUGCCAUGGAAAGGUUCUUGUUUGAGAAGACACUGAUCCUGAAGAUCGCACAAAGCUCUAGUACAUUUAUUGUUAACCUUGCCUCCUGUGGAGACCAAAUCCCCCUGCGACCUCCGACAUCCCCAGACUGCACCACAACCCAAAAGACUCACGUUUGUGAACGUGUGACAGAAGAAACCUUCCGCGAGGAGACCUUGACCGAAAGCUUGUCCAAUAGCCUUGGGAAACUAUAA